CGUGCCUGCAGCCUGUAGAGGAAGAGAGCGGAAGCGGCAGGUACAAAACUGAAAGCAGCGCGAUGUUUGGUCUCUUCGGGAAAAUUAAACCUGUCAAAAUUAGGAGUUGCAAUGACAGUAGAAAGUACGGAGUUGCAGCAAAGGAUGUGAAGGAGUUACUUAAAAAGGGCUGCAAGUUAUUACAGCUGCCACUUUCAGGUGCACAUGUUUGUUUGUAUGAUGACGGGACAAAAGUGACGGAUGAAUACUUCAAGACUCUGCCGGACAACACUGAACUUGUUAUUCUCUCCCGAGAUCAGACAUGGAGCGGAGGAGUUGUGUAUGACAUCAGUCAGUUACUGAGCGCAAGCUUGUACGGCGAUGCCAUUGUCAAAGCGGCGAAAGGGCUCCUAUCUGAUGAGAAAGCUCCCAAGAGGCGUAAAAUCCUGACUGACCUGAUGCAGAACCUAGAGGACAGAUCCGACCUGGAGAACAGAACGGACGAUGAAGAUUGGUUCAAAGGUGUUGACGCUCGAUUUAAGACCAAGUCUGCCUACAUGAGGUACAACUGUGAAAGCAGGAUACGAGGCUACAUGAAGGAGGUGGUAGAAGCCACCAAGACAAUAGAGAAGGCCAAAGUCAGGGCAGAGUUUGAGAAAGCAUCACGGAGCCUGGCGGAGAUGCUGAAGAAUGCAAGGAACAACGGCAGCUACUUUGACAGGACCGAAGAGGAGCCAGAUCGCCUCUGUACUCAGGAAGGAUGGUUUACUUGCCAGGGAUCAUUCGACCAGGAAUUGUGCCCAUCUUUUCAUUCCAUAAACCCCUACAGCAGCCAAGAGAGCAGGGUUUUCUUCAGCACAUGGAAUCUGGACCACAGGAUUGAAAAGAAGAGGACGGUCAUUCCCGCUCUGCUGGACGCUCUACAGAAUCACAAGAGUGUUGACGUCAACCUGAACUACUUCUACCGCAUGCUGUUCACCAGGGAAAACCUAAAGCUAGUUCACAUCGUGUGCCACAAGAAAGGAGCUCACAACCUGCAGUGUGACACCAAGGAGAUUUUUAGACGAGCCGGUAACACGCAGAAAGGAAAGCAGAAGGUCGUAGGGAAGAAGAGGCGUUUGCUGUGAAUAUUUCACUUUUGAAAAAUUAGUGUUUGUAUGAACUCUGACAACAAUAUUAGACAAUCAGUUCUGUGAAUGAUGAUCUCAGGUCCACAACAAGCUGAAUUUGUCCUUUUACCUCACUUUGUUUGUUUUUUUUAAACCUGUUAUGAUAUUUCUGAGCCGGUGCAGCCUGCAGAGCGUUAAUACAGACUGACAGCAGGCUGUUAAACACAAGUCAUCACACUGAAACAAACCCUGAAAUCAUGAAAAACAUUUAUUUGUUCUUCGCGUUGGCACAAUGAUGUAAAACGCAUGAAUCGAUUACAAUGACUGCUUGAUGGACGAGGCAUUCGCUCACUCAGAGAGUUGCAUAGAAGACUAUGAAAAGCAUUUUGCAUAAAUAAGGCAGUAAAAAAUAUAACAAACAUUUGAUUGGAUGAUCGGAAUAAUCAGCUAUAUACAAAAUAUUACAAGAUGUGCACAGCAAAAGUGCAAUUACUGUUAACCUCAGUUCAUCUACACUGAAGAUGCAUCAGUAACGUUAAUGUCUUUAGGUUGUCUUUCUUUUAAAAAUGUGUUAUAUUUGCAAAUCAAUCAGGAAAAUGACUAGUUGCACUGAUACAUGUGCAGUACACACACGCAGACGGAUGUGUUGUUUGUGAAGCAGCUGCCAAAAUGAGCACACAAAUAUGUGGUGAGGAGGAAUAUUAGACACUUGGUGAACAAUGGCUCAUUCAUGUUAAACAAUGAAUUUGUGACAUUAGAAGCUCAUUAUGGAACUGCUCUUUGGCACGCGCGUACCCUCCUUCCUCAUCUCGUUCAUAGUGGGGAAGUUGACACCUGUCAACGUGGGGAAUUUUACAAUUUACAAUUGAAAAACAUGAGCUUCCUCAAGCGUUCAUAUGAUGUAGCAUUAUGUAUGUUACGUGGACCGAUGUGCCUAAAAAAUGUCGUGCCAACACACCCUCCAGGUGAGACCAAAGAUGACUGAACCGGUGAUGUGUGUGUGUGAGCAGAAAUUCAGCAAUAAAUAAUAAAAGCAAGCACUCCUGCACAUGUGACUAUAUUAACCUCGUUACUGUAUCCAUGU